GCGCUCGCUGGCAAAAAAAGAACGAGAUAAAAACAAACAGUAGCAUUAUACAGCAUAAGAGUAAUAAAAUAACAGUAACAGAUUAUUAGUCAAAUCUAAGCGUGUUUUUUAAAUAAGAUAUCAGAACCGGUCAUUGUAUCGAUUUUAGACGUUGAUUACACGUUAUGAACAAUGUAAAUAUCUUCGUAUGAAUAAAAUGCCGAAUGAUUUUAAUGCACAGGCUGCGUUACAAGUGGAUGAUUACGAUGAUGAUCCCGCUACAUACGAUACAGCUAAAAAUAUGUAUGCGAGUGAUAAUGUCAGCGAAGAACUGGAGUUUUUCGUUGGCUAUUUUUCUACAUCAAGCUUUACCGUAAAUUCACAUUAGAUUUUGAACAGAAUCGUUUUUGUUAAGCAUCGAUAUGCUUUAUGUAUCUCCUCCAAAAAGUUAGUUUAACAGUCUCUAUAAGGUUAUAAUAGUACAUAUUCGCUUAAAAAUGCGUAAAAUUGCUUUUUUCUAUAAUAUCUGAUCAAAAUUAAGUCCAAAAAGCAGUGACCCAGAGUUAAGGAAAAUGGGGCCCUCUCAUUUGUUUUGAAAUCAUUAUCUAGUCUUUGUAACAGUUUUUGUUACGGUUGCCGUUAACAAUAUUCCAUUUAAAUCACGUAAAUUCAUAUUCGAGUGUAAGUUGAUACUUCAUAUAAGACUGCUCCGAUGUUUCAGCAGAACAAUAUUCCAACAUAUUAAUACUUUCUAGAAUAAAUGAAGGCAAACAACAUCGACCUUUUAAUAAUCAACAUACCUAAUCAAUCCGUUGUCGAGUACUUCAUUUGGUUCGGUGGUCUUCUGAAUUUGCUCACUGUAUUCAUUUCUCACACGUUCAAGAAAUAGUGAUUUUAAAAAUAGAUGACGUUAAAUAAUGUGUAAUAUUUUGUUGUUCAUUCGAUUGCUCAUCCUUUGAAAUGCUUCGUCAAAAUGUAAAUACAUAUAAUAAAUACUUCCGACGGCACCAUUUAAUACUUGUUCGUUUUGAAACCGUUCUUACGCUAGUAUUAAUUCUAUUCCUAGAGCGAAUAUAGAAAUGCUUUUCUAACUAAUAUUAUAUGUACAUUUCAUCCAGAAUCUUUUUCAAAAUCGAUUUAGAAUAGUUCAAUAUAGGCAUAAAAUCUAUUUAGUUUUAAAUUAUUCAAAAAUUAAUUUUUCAAUUUUUGGUAGAUUUUCCACCGUUAAAUAGUAAACUUUACACUCAUAAUCUAGCUCUAAGUGACAAUUGUCCUUCAUGAACAACAUUUCAUGGAACAAUUAUACAUUUCCUCUUUGAUUUGGCCAUUAUCAAGUUACCAGAUAAAAAAUGCUGAGUAAACUCAAAAUUGGUCCGAAUCCCUCCUUGAUCGACUUACUUUCCUUUGGUACUUCUUUACACACUUACCCUGUUCUGAUAUCUUAUUUAAAAAACACGCUUAGAUUUGACUAAUAAUCUGUUACUGUUAUUUUAUUACUCUUAUGCUGUAUAAUGCUACUGUUUGUUUUUAUCUCGUUCUUUUUUUGCCAGCGAGCGC